AUGGCGAAAACAAGCAAUACAAAGCCAAAACGGGCGGGCCCAGCGCCCAAGUCCAAGGCAGCACAGUCUGGGGCCCUCACCAUCGCCGAGAUCAGCAAGGACAAGCUGACUCAGCUGGCCAACAAACACUGGAGCAGCGCGGUGCUGGCGGGUGGGGAGGCCCCUGCCUUCUCCGAGGAGCUCGUCCAGCAGAUAUACCGGGAUGAGCUGGGGGGCGGCAGCGACAGCCCACCCUCCCUGCGCAGGGUGACCAUGCUGGAGUUGUCGCAGUACCUGGAGAACUACCUCUGGCCCAACUUCCCCGAGGAGGGCGCCACGUCAGCCCACGUGCUGUCCAUCCUGGCCAUGGUCAACGAGAAGUUUAGGGAGGGUGUGCCGGCGUGGACGUGCUUCCGCCAGUCACGGCCGGAGGUCUUCCCGGCGUUCUUCCGCGCCUUCCUCGCGCUGAAGGCCACGGACGGCGAGCUGCACAUGCAUGAGCGCAUCACCUACCUCCUCUUCGCCAUCAACGCCUUUCAGUCGCUGGAGGAGGAGGCGGUGCGCAAGGAGGUCCUGCGCCUCGUUUCCCUGCCCCUCUGGCACGCCCUCUCCCCCGGCCGCCUGCAGCUGGAGCUGCACGAUCACCCGGCCCUGCUCAAGCACUGGCGCCACGCGGCGCGACGCGAGGCCAGGGCGGCGGCCGCCGCGGGCGACGCGCACAUGCCCGUGCAGCGCCGCCCCGAGGCCAGCUUCCUGCCGGCUCUCGUGGAUGAGUUCCUGAGCGUGCUGGGCGGCGUGCAGGAGGAGGGCACGGACCGCCGCACCACGCUCUACCUCGAGCGCUUUGUCGAGUUCCUGACCGACCUCCUGUCCCAGGCACGAUCCCUGCCCACCCGCCGUUUCGUGCACGCCCUGCUGGAUGACCGGGCGGUGCUGGUCAAGUGCACGCUGAGCCCGCUGUGCUCGGGGCGGGGGCAACAGGGCGUGCUCUUCGCCCAAUUGGUGGACCUCUUCCGCUUCUACUCCGGGUUCCCCAUUGCGGACCACACGGGGGAGGCCCUGGGCGAGGAGGAGGUCGUCGCAGCGCACUACGAGAGGAUCCAGGCGCUGCAGAGGCUAUUCUUCCGUCACGUGCCUGAGCUGCGUGACCUGGCCCUGGCGUCCUGCGCCCAGGUGCAGCGCCGCGACGUGCUUUCCAAGGCCCUGCACGGCCUGGAGCCGGCCACUCUGCGCCGCCUGGUCUGCCGCCAGCUCAGGCUGGUCGGCGAGGACGACCCCUGGGCAGAGGACCCAGAGUUCCUGGUGGAGGUGGCGGUGACGGCCUACGAACGCCGCCGGCUGCAGGCUGAGACCGUGAAUGCCAUGCCCCUGUACCCCACGGAGAGAGUGCUCUUUGACGAGCACCAGGUCCCCACCCUGCACUACACCGGGGAGACUGUGCUGGCCCUACCCAAGCUCAACCUCCAGUUCCUGACCAUCCAGGACUACCUCAUGCGCAACUUCAACCUGUUCAGGCUGGAGGCCACGUAUGAGAUCAGGGAAGAUAUCGCAGAUGUGCUCCAGCGUGUGCAGCCCUAUCUGCGGGAGAACGAUGAGGUGGGGUUCAAUGGCUGGGCGCGCAUGGCCAAGAACCUGGAGGGCUUCACCAUCACGGAGGUGCAGCCGCCCAAGGUCGGGGAGAUGAGGCCAGCCGCCGUCAGCGCGGAGGUGGUCGUGGAUCUGAGCUCCCUGCGCGAGGAUGUGCGGCGCGAGUGGGAGGAGGUGAAGCAGCACGACGUGAUGUUCCUGCUGACCCUGAGGCCGCCUGAUGCAUAUGCGCAGUCUGCCGCAGCAGAGUCUGGGGCGGGUGAUGGCGGUACAGGCGCCAGCCUGAUGAGAAAGUACGGCCUGGACUAUGUCCGAGGGUGUGAGGUCAUCGAAAUGCGGGACGAGGAUGGCCAGCUUCUGAAUGACUUCACGGGGAGGGUGCGCCCCGACCAGGUCACACGUCCCAAGGGCUCCAUCCGAACCAUGACGGUGGCUAUGGAUGCUGCGCAGUACCAGAUGGACAUGGAUGCUGUAGAGGCAUCGGGUGCGGAGGAUGUGUACGGCACCUUCAACCUCCUGCUCCGGCGCAAGCCCAAGGAGAACAACUUCAAGGCGGUGCUGGAGAGCAUCCGCGACCUCAUGAACGCCGACUGCGCGGUGCCGGCCUGGCUCCACGACAUCCUGCUGGGCUACGGCGAUCCAGAUGCGGCGCUGUACAAGAACAUGGAGGACACGCUGCAGACCAUCGACUUCAAGGAUACCUUCCUUGAUGCCGACCACCUGCGGGAGGCCUUCCCGGAGUGCGACGUCAGUCUGACGAGCUCGCGGGCUGAUGGCCAGCUGGUCCGCCCCUUCCGCGUCACCUUUCCUUCCUUCCGGGAGGAUGACGCAGGGGCCAAGGCCAGGCGCCCCACGUUGCACGCUGAGGCCUACACCGCGGUUGACCCCGGGCCGUACCCUGAGGACGAGCCGCCGCAAAACGGCGUGCGGUUCACCCCGGUGCAGACAUCUGCCGUCCUUUCCGGCGUGCAACCGGGGCUCACCAUGGUCGUGGGGCCGCCAGGCACUGGAAAGACCGACACGGCGGUGCAGAUCAUGCACAUCCUGUACCACAACUGCCCCGGCCAGCGCACGCUGAUCAUCACGCACAGCAACCAGGCACUGAACGACCUGUUCACCAAAAUCGUGGAGCGCGACGUCCCCGCGCGCUAUCUCCUGCGCCUGGGCAUGGGCGAGGCCGACUUGGAGACGGAGGAGGUGUUCUCGCGCGUCGGGCGCGUGAAUGCCAUGCUGGCGCGCCGCCUGCAGCUGCUGGCCGAGGUCGAGCGCCUGGCGCGCCUGCUGCGCGUCUCCGAGUCGGUGGCCUACACCUGCGAGACCGCGGCCCACUUCUGGCUCCUGCACGUGCUGUCGCGCUGGGAGCGGUUUCUGGCGGCGGCGAGAAAGGGCGGCGAGGCAGGUGCCGUGGCUGCGCUCUUCCCCUUCGCCGAGUACUUUGCUGACGCGCCACAGCCCCUGUUCCGCGGCGCCGACUUUGACGAGGACCUCGAGAAGGCCAAGGCGAGCUUGAUGGAGAGGGGAUGCUUCCGGCACCUGCAGCGCAUGUUCCAGGAGCUGGAGGAAACGCGGCCCUUUGAGCUCCUGCGCACCCAGGCGGACCGCAUCAACUACCUGCUGACCAAGCAGGCCAAGAUUGUGGCCAUGACCUGCACCCACGCGGCCCUGAAGCGCAGGGAGUUCCUGGAGCUUGGCUUCAAGUAUGACAACCUGCUGAUGGAGGAGAGUGCGCAGAUCCUGGAGAUCGAGACCUUCAUCCCCAUGCUGCUCCAGAAGCAGGAGGACGGUGUGAGCCGGCUGAAACGGGUCAUCAUGAUCGGGGACCACCACCAGCUCCCGCCCGUGGUGAAGAACAUGGCCAUGCAGAAGUACAGCAACCUGGACCAGCCGCUGUUCACCCGCUUCAUCCGCCUGGGCACGCCCUACAUCGAGCUGAACGCGCAGGGGCGCGCGCGACCCAGCCUGGCCAGGCUGUACAACUGGCGGUACAGAGACUUGGGGGACCUGCCGCACGUCGCGGCGCUGCCGGCCUUUGCCGCGGCCAACGCGGGAUUUGCGCACGACUACCAGCUGGUCGACGUGCAGGACUACAACGGACGGGGCGAGACCUCCCCCAUGCCCUACUUCUACCAGAACCUGGGCGAGGCCGAGUACCUGGUGUCGGUGUACCAGUACAUGCGUCUGCUGGGCUACCCGGCCUCCAGCGUCGCGGUGCUGACCACCUACAACGGCCAGACCGCGCUGCUGCGGGACGUAUUCCAGAGGCGCUGCGCCGCACACCCCGCCUUUGGCAUGCCCUCCAAGAUCGCGACGGUGGACAAGUUCCAGGGGCAGCAGGCGGACUACGUGCUGCUGUCGCUGGUGCGCACCGCCCACUUUGGCCACCUGCGCGAUGUUCGGCGCCUGGUGGUGGCCAUGUCCCGCUCCCGCCUCGGCCUCUACGUCUUCGGCCGCGCCGCGCUCUUCUCCGAGUGCUACGAGCUGGCGCCCACCUUCCGCCAGCUCACGGCGCGGCCCACGGCCCUCGCCCUGGCGCCCCACGAGCGCCACGGCGCCUGCGCGCGCCCCGUGGGGGAGGCCCCCCCAUCCCCUGUGGUCGUGCCGGACGUGCAGGCCAUGGCCGUGCUGGUGGCGCAGAUGGUGGCGCACUGGGAGGCUGCGGCCAUGGCGGCCGGGUACGGCGGCGGCGGGCAGUAUCCUGCGAGCGCACCGCCGGGCGACGAUGUCGGAGUGGAGGAGGGCGCAGCGGCGGAGGGCGCAACGGGGGAAGACCCCGAUGAUGAUGGGGUCGUUGAGGACGAAGACGCUGCUGAUCCCGCGGAAGAAAAGGCGGACAACAAGGCUGGGGCGGAGGAACCUGAUGAGGCUGGAGAACAGAGAGCCGAGGAGGGCGCAGGGCCGAUGGCAGAGGACUAG